AUGGAAUUAAUAAGAUGCUUACUUCUAUAUCCCACCAAUAACACACUUCCAACUGACCCUCCUCCAAAUGUUGCUAAUCUCAGAACCCUUGACCAAAAAAAUGAUAUGUAUGAAAAUAUCGAAAAAUAUUUACAUAUAGAAUACAGAAACUUGGUAUGUUAUGACAUUGGUGAAGCUUUAUUACCAAUGAAUCAUGCGAAAGAUGGUUCAGAACUUUUAAUAAAACUUUCUGAGGUAGGUAUAGAUGAUUAUUCGACCCAUUCUACAGAAAAUGGAGAUAAAAUUAUAUAUUCUAACUUGGAAAUAUAA